GCAAAGAAUCAGAAUGGUGAAUACCUUUGUUCGAUUUGGAGUCAUGGCCGUAGCCAUGGUGCUCUCGCGUUUUGUAGAUACUUCAAAUCCUGACAUGCUCAUGAAAGUAAGAAUUGCAUAUGUAGUGAGCGUUGUUUUAAAUGCUUCUAUAUUUUGGUACAUCCGUACUCUAGUGAGAAGCAAGCAUGACGAUACGAAGAUCUACAUCGUUCGUAAACUAUUGGGACAGGAGAACGUCGAGGAGACGACCUAUUUUGAAAAGGAGGAGCAAGUUUGUUCUCAGUCCAUCACAGGUGCAGUUUCUGGUGUUGCGAUGACUCUGGGACUGAUGUCUAUGAAGUUGGGACUGCAUUACGGUAUGGUGAUGCAAAUUAUUCAAAUGCCUUUUAAUCUGUGGAUAAACCCUCUUUUCCAGAUGUACAUUUUGAAGAAACCCGUUGAUCAUCCUUGGGACGAGCAAACUGAAGUACCUAUUGGAAAGAUGAGCAAGAACGAGUCAGUGGAAGGUUUGAAGAAGGAAAUUCAGAAAUGCUGGGACGACGGUGAAGUAGCGACCUAUGAUUCGUUGCUUCAGUUGUGCUCUCUGGCGGGCGUGAAUACUGCAACGGAGCACGGUUGGACACCCCUGAUGGUCAUCAUGGGCAAUCCUCUAGGUGAUAUGAACGCCAUUGACACACUCGUGAAGCUGCGUGUUUCCAUCGACGCUCAGGAUGACGAGGGUUGGACCUGUCUGCACUGGGCGGCGUAUCACAACAAUGUGGGAGGAGUCGAGAAGCUAAUGGAGACGGUGGGCUCGGUUCCGGUGCUGAAGCUUCUGACAGUGAAGAAUAAGGAAGGCUUAACAGCGCUGGAGGUGGCGAAGAAGAACGGACAGUUGAAUUUCGAGAAUUGGCUGCAGGCCACUGUGAAGUAG